AUGCUGCCUGAAAGGAAGAAUUCAGAAUAUAGCACUCUCAAAGAUGAGAAUUCUCAGUAUAAGAUUGUUGUCUUUGAUUGCAAUUUGGAUGUCCUCAAAAAUGUCUCCAAGGAGGUCAUCUACACCAAUAAUUUUUUUUUUUUUUUUGGGGUUGCUGAUUUUAUUCUUUUAUUCUUUUAUAUGCCUUUUUUUUUAUUUCAGCUUUUAUUAUGUUUAUUUUUUUUUCUUUGUUUUUCCAUUUUAUUUUCUGUUUUCUUUUUACAUUUCUUUAUUAUUUUAUUUAUUUCUUCUCAUUUUUUCCACAUUAUUUCUGUCAUUUCUUCCAGAUUUUUCUUUCCUUUUUAUUUUGUAUUUCUUUUCUUAGUUUCUUUACAUCAAUUCUUUAUUUUCUUUAACCUCAUUUUUCCUUUUUUCUUUCUCUAUUUUCUUCUCAUAUCAAAUUUUUUCACACAUUUACCUAUCUUCUUUUCAUACGUUAUUUCAAGUUUUCAUUUUAUUUUUUCUUUCAUUUUCCUUAAAUUCCUUUCUUUUCGCCAUUUUUCUAUAGCCUUCUCCCAUUUUUUUCUUCCUUACUUGCUUUUAUUACAAAUUUCAUUCUCUUAUAACUUUUUUUUAAUCAUUUUUUCUGUAUCCUGCUCCCAUUUCUCUUUGUCUUUCUUUAUUCUUUCUUUCUUUCUUUCUCUCUUUCUUUUAGUACAAGUUUUCUCUCUGUUAGAUUUAUUCUUUCUCUUUCUCUUUUUUUUUCUUUCUUUUUUCCUUUCUUACUUACUUAAUUUCCCCUUUUCAUUUCUGUUUUUACUUUAUUUUUAUUGUAUUUUUAUUUUACACCUUUCACCUUCUUGUCUCUUUCUUCUGUUAUUUCUGGUUGCUAUUUUUCAUUCUUCUUUAUUCCUUCAUUAUUUUUAUUUUUUCACUUACUUUAAUUACUUUCCUUCUUUUUAUAAUCUCAUUUUUUUCAUAUCACUUCUCUACUUUUCAUGUUUCAUUCAUUCUGUUCUUGUUUGUUUUCUUUCUUUAUUUCUAUCAUUCUUUUUCAUUAAUCAUUCAUCCAUCUCCCUUUUCUUUUAUUCUUUCUUUCAUUCAUUUUUUCUCUUCUUUUUCUCCCAUUUCCUUUUCACACUUUCAUUCCUCUUCUUUCAUUUUUCCUUUUACUUUCAUUCCUUCUUCAUUUUUGUCUAUUCUUUGAUUUUUCUUUUCCCAAAUUUAUUCUUUUCUCUUAUACUUUCCUUUUUUAUUUCAUUACCUUUCCAUUUUAUUUCAAUUUCAUUUUCCUUUUUCAUUCAUUCAUCUAUGCCUUCAUUCAUUUUCACGAUUUCUUUCAUUCAUUCUUUCAUUUCAAAAUUUUUCUUUUUCUUUUUAUAUCAUUCGUUCUGCUUUUCUGUUCUUUCAUAUUCUUCUUCCUUUUUUCCUUUUCUCUUUUAUUUUCUUUUGUCACUUUCAUUCAUUUAUUCAUUCUUUUCUUUAUGCAUUUUCUGUGUCCCUCAAAAAGUUAUUAUUUACAUUAAUCCUUCUUUCUUAUUUCUCGCUUCAGCCAAGUAG